AAACAUAUCUGUUUUGUGAGUCCUCAUCUCAGUUUCGCGUCUCUUUGCCUUUUUUUCAGUUAUCCAGAGUAUUAAGUAUAUUAUUGUAUUAAUAGCAACUCUUUCUUUUCUUUCGUUUAGUUUUGUUGUCUUUUUCGUCUUUCUCUGUGUGUCCAGAAACUGUCUUGUGUUGCUGUGUUUAGUGUUGCCCGUGGUCUCACUGGACUCAUCACACUCUUACCUCUCUGCCAUCACCAUUGACACCAUCAUGUUUUCAUUGUUACCAACUUUAAACUUUACUGUUAGCCAAGUGGCCACUGUUUGUGAAACAUUGGAAGAGUCGGCGGACAUUGAAAGGUUAAGUCGCUUCCUCUGGUCUCUUCCCGUGGCUCAUCCAAACUGUGCUGAACUCUCCAAAAAUGAAUCAGUGUUGCGAGCUCGUGCAUUAGUUGCCUUUAGUACAGGCAAUUAUCGUGAAUUGUACAAUAUAUUGGAACAUAAUCGGUUCAGCCGUGUUUCCCAUCAAAAGUUGCAACAAAUGUGGCUUGAAGCUCAUUAUGCAGAGGCUGAAAAGCUGAGAGGACGUCCAUUGGGUCCAGUGGACAAGUAUCGAGUAAGAAAAAAGUAUCCACUUCCAAGAACCAUUUGGGACGGUGAACAGAAGACUCAUUGUUUCAAGGAAAGAACUCGAACACUGUUACGUGAAUGGUACCUUCAAGAUCAAUAUCCAAAUCCAACAAAGAAAAAGGAACUUGCCCAGCAAACUGGACUAACGCCAACUCAGGUCGGAAAUUGGUUUAAGAAUCGUAGGCAGCGUGAUAGGGCUGCGCAAAAUAAAAAUGAAAUAAUUCAAAAGCAAAUACAAAAACAACAAUUGGGAAUUCAUGGACAUCAUUCAUCGAUUCACAAGUCGAGCCGUUGUGAACGUGAUCGAGACCAUCGAGACCGUGAUAACCAUUCGCACCACCAUCGAUCUUCCCUUUCGGGUCGAUCGGGUAACACCGUUAUUAGUCCCUCUUCAGUGGGAACCAAUGAUACCUCUUCCUUGCACCGGUUCAGUGUUGAAUCUUUAACCGGUAUUCGAUCAUCAUCUUCACCCGCAUCUGAGGGUCACCAUGUAAAUGGAUCAAGUGGUGGUGGCGCUAAAAGGGAACCCUUGGACUUGACGUCCGAUGAAGAUGCCUCCCUUGGAAGCCUUGGUGAUGACGGAGUCAAUUCAGACGAUGACCUGGAUGACAUAGACAUUGAUGAUGACGAUCCCAUUGAUAUCGAUGAUAAGCCCGCUUCACCGCCGUUAACAUUCAACCAAUCGUUGUUGAAUUUAAAGAAAAAUUUACAAAAUUCCGUGUCUGUGGUGGUGAAUAAUAGUCCAUUACAAAGUUCCAAGAUGUUAAAGAAUGAACAUUGAUGAUGAUAGGAAAUUAACCUGGAAAUACAAAGGCUACAAAAACUUAGAUCCAAUUUGAUCAGAAUCCGCAACUCGAUUAAUCUGGAAAAGGAAAAAUAUCUUAUCAUGGAAAUAACUUAUCGGCAGAAACUAAAACUACUUGGGUGUUGGAUAAUCAAGGAUCAUGUAAUUAGUUAAAUAAAGCAACAAAAUUGAGUCACUGUGAUUACACGAAAAAAAAACAAAAAGUGCGGCAACAAACGAGAAACUAACGAAACAAAAUGUAUUUGCAAAUGGAAAUUAUUAUUACACCAGAAUUCAAAAGAUAAAUGAAUAUGGAAACAAAAUGUUCUUGAUUUACCUGUAAAAGUGUAUUUAAAAAAAACGUAAACGAAUCAAUUCCAAUAUUAAUGUGAACAUGACAUUUCGUUUGUUCUCGGCAAUUUCAAAGACAAACACACACAAAAGUAAAUGGAUUCAAAGAUUAUUUGGAUUGAGCUACUUGGAAUUUUCAUGAGCCCCUUCCGAUUGUCACCAUUCAACUCGCAUCUUCACUCCAUAAUCAUCUUCAUCUUCAACAAUCCUUUUCCUUUUCUUUAUUCAUCAUUCUUCACCUCUCUAUCUGUCUAUAAUUGUUAUCAAUGGAUAGAAUUUUCAUCUUCCCCUGUAAAAAAGAAAAGAAAAUUUUUCCCAAUUUGUUUCUCUCUCUUUCUUGCCCUUUCUCAUAUAGUCAUCCAUAUUAUAAAUAAUAACAUUCAUUUCAA